AUGGCGCGAACUGGUAUCACGUUUUCCCAAGCGGGAGUUGAUGCGCGCCGCUUGAAGGCUCUCGAGGACAAGGACUACCCUGCCUUGAAGCGAAUAUGCGUCGCUCACGUCAACAAGCUGAAACAGGCGGCUGCGGUGAAGCGCAAGCUUGCCGCAAAGCAAAAAUCGGCAGAGGAAGAAGCGAAGAAGCUAGCGCGGAUGCUGGAAAAUGAAGAGGAGCGGAUGUGUAGCAUUCGGCGGUGCCAUGACCGGACUUCUGGCAGGCGGAAAUGCACAGAGAGUGAGCUGUACCCAGCUCGUGCAUGUGGUGACAAAGAAGUCUCGGGCUUGUCCAAAAUAUUGUGACGUGUCCGCCGAUCCUGCUGUUU